GAAGUGCCCAAGCACUUGCAACUACAUUGGCGCCGUCUGUGGGAAACGAGCUAAAAGCUUUCAUUAGCGGCUGUCGCAAUGGUGAACACACGUUCAGCACAACACGGAAGCCCUCAACAAGGGCGUGGCAGAGGUCAACUCCCCAGCGGGAACCCUGCAUCUCAUACCGUCCCACCCCUUACAACCCAACCUCAGCAUAUAGAGGGAACUGGUGAGAACAACCCAAAUUCAACAGGAAACCUAAACCCCAUAGCCGCCCAACUUAAUGUCAUGCAGCAGCAGUUCGGCGUGUUUCAACUUGUGCUCGCGCAACUGUUAGCCAGGGAUAAUCCAGGCGACCCCCUCAUUGCCCUGCUCAAUCCCACCAACCAAAUGCCUACCCAACAGCCUCAACACGUAACCUCACCAGUCCGAACCGCCACUCUGCCUCGCAACGACUCUCCAGCCCACUCACACAUGGCACCUCUACCUCAGCCACCACCUCAACCGGUCGCCUCAGACCUUCCCAGAGGGAACUUCGAAAAAGUGCUACCCGAGAACCGAACUCCACAAACUCCAACCCUCCCGAGUUCAGCCCCGAUUCCCACCCCCCUCAAUCCCAGCAUCCUCCAGGAGUCGUACCCGUCAGGGCUCAGAACGCCUCAGAUGCCUUGAUGUGCAAGAUAUU